CGAAAAGUAUUUUUUGAACGUGUUUAACUUUUCUCUUGAACUUCUUUAAAGUUUUCAAAUUUCAUUAAAUUUAUGUUCGUUGCAGAAAUAUGAGUAGAAUACCAAAGAUCGGGGCUGCUCCAGGAGAAGCAGGUAAAACUGAAUUUUUAAAACCUGCAGCAAGGCAACCUGUACAAAAUAAAGCAUUUGGGAUCAAAAGACAAGCUGAAACUAAGGAUGCUGCUGUGGAAAAGAAGCAAAAAAUAGCUUUUGGUGGUGUCUUAAAAAGGAAUGCCUUAGGGACAAUUCAACCAUCACAAGAAAGAAGUGUUCCUUUUUCAAACAGAACUAAAAGAGUUGCUCUUCAACCUCUAGCAGACCCUGUGUUGGUGAGAGGCAGCAUGCCUGCUAUGAGUAUUGCAGCUUUAGUGCCAAAAGUAGCUCCCAAGCCGAAAAGACCAGCUUGGGACCUGAAAGGGAGAGUGCAAGACUUGGAUGAGGUUAUCCAAAAAGUGCAACAACGAAAUGCAUCUUUAGAAAAAAAUUUAGAAGAAACCAAUGGUCGAAUUGCUUCUUUAGAAGCUGAGAAAUGUAGGCUGAAUGAAAAUGUUGUUAUUAAAUCUGCCCAAACUGAAGAAGCAUCAUGUCAGAUUCAGAGGCUUACAGAAAGUUUAAA